AGUACCGAGUGUUUUGCAUUCUCUCUCUCUCUCUAACUUCUAGUAUGCAAAAAGCGUUUCGGGUGAGAAUUUGGUUUUAGGGUUUGUGGUGCAGGAAAAGAGAGAGCUGCUUCUCUGUUGGAUCCGCUGAAUUUUGGGGGAUUUGACUCGAAUUCGAGUUGGUCUGCUUCGAAUUUUGUUGGGUUUUGUGUCUAAUCUGAAAUGGAGAGAGACUUCAUGGGUUUGAAUUCAAAGGAUUCAGUAGUUGUUGUCAAGGAAGAGACUGAUGAAGGAUGUAAAGACUCAGCAUUUUCAAAAGGUUCAGGAGUUCAGUGGUCAUUGUCAAACAAGGUUUCUGCCCUUCCUCAUUUCUUGUCCUUCAAUGUUGGUCAAGAGGAAAAGACCACAAAGCCCGUGUCUAAUCCCUUUGCUUCUUCUGGAUUCAAGGCUAUAUCAACUGCAGAUGCAUUUGACACCACUCACAAACGCCCCUCGGGAGAAAUGCAGAAAUUUCAUAAUGGACAAGGUGGCACUCAUUUUUCAAUGACGACUUAUCCUGUGCAACAAAAUCCUCUUUCGAUGCAUCUUUCUCACAAUGUUAAGAUGGUUCAAGCUGCAAACCAACCAAUUUCAGUUUCCAUGAGCAACCCUUUCUUCAAAACCCAUUUUUCUUCUGCUGGUCAGAACUGUGCAGGUGCUGCCAUGAAUCAACAAUUACUUGGAGGGACCCCUGUUACGGCACCACAUUCGAUACUUUCUUCUCUUGGUUCUGUUGCGGGAACCACUGAACCAUGGUUCAAUUCCAAGUCCUCUGGGGCUCCUCAAUUAACCAUUUUCUAUGCCGGUUCAGUGCAUGUGUAUGAUGAUAUCUCCCCUGAGAAGGCUCAGGCUAUUAUGUUCUUGGCGGGGAAUGGAUCUACCACUGCUUCUAACAUGGCACAACCAGGAGCUCAGGUUCAGGUCCCUGCUUCCAAACAAGCUGGUGGAGAUGGUGUUCUUGUCAACCAGCCUACUAAUACGACACUUAGCUCUGCUCUUUCAAGCCCCAUAUCUGUUUCUUCACAUCCAAUCGGUCACUCUGGUAGUGGGCCUACUACCAAUGAUGAAGUGAUGGCAGUUAAACCAACUGGGGGUUUGAGCAUUCCGAUUAACAAAGCAGACCCUCCAAAAAUAGUCACUUCUCUUGCUGCAACUACCAUGAUACCAUCAGCCGUUCCGCAGGCCCGCAAAGCAUCAUUGGCUCGGUUCCUCGAGAAGCGCAAAGAAAGAGCGAUGAACUCAGCGCCCUACAACCUCAACAUUAAAUCUUCAGAAUGUGCCACUCCAGGAUCCAAUGGUCUGACUUUCUCCCCAAGAACUGGUGUUUGCGCUGGCGCUGGUUCUUUCUCAACCGGCAUGGAGUGUAGCCAUGAUGUCUAAGAAGCCAAUUUCUGAUCUGGAAAUUAGUGCAAAAUGUAGUAAGGUAUAGAUGUAACCCAGUGGGUUUUGCUGUCCUUAUUUUAUUUUUGUAAACCCAACUUGUUAGACCUAAUUUUAACUUUUUUGCUUUAUAUGAAGUUCUAGUGUGUUAAUUCAUUGGUCUA